GCCGGGACGCGUUUCAUAAAGGAGGUGCUUGCUGCGAUUGUUUCGCGCCAUCAGUUUUACUAUGAUAACGUGUAGUGCGGGUGGACGAAAACGAUGUCAACCACAGUAGACGGUAGUACCGAGCAGCAGCAACAGCAGGCAUUUUUGUACACUUGCAUCUAUCUACCUCAACACAUGUUCCUUUGGGUUUUGCUGCUAUCGGAGAUUAGAUACUACCGGCGUCACGCGCUUCGCGAUAGCAUUCGAAACAACCUAGGCGGUAGUGAUUUCUGGAUUUUGGCUGCGAAAAGCGUGCUCAGUGUGAUUCUUGUAGUUUUGGUAAUUUUCAACUAUGGCCGACCAGGAACAGCUACCGCGGCACGGCUCAUUGAGACCUUCUCAUACUUUGCUGCCUUAUCAUUACUUCAUCUAGGCGUUCAAUACAAUGUACAAGAUCAGACGUUCCUGCUUUCCUUUUGGUCGUUAGAAUGGCUGAUAAACUGUAUUCGUGUUGUCGAUCAGUUUUCAUUCAAUGGACUGAUUUUCCUGUCGGUGCAGCUGACAUUUUUGCUGCUACUGGUGUAUUCUACUUUGGGUGAACGCGAUGAAUCACCGGUGCAACCGAAUUGGAUUCGACAGGUUUGCUUCACCUGGUUCGCCGUCGUGCACCGUACGAUUCAUCAAUCAAAAUCAGAAGUACUGGCAGAGUCGAAUGAGGAGCUGCAGUGUGGUCAAUUGAUACAGUUGUUUCGCACUCGGGUUGUUCACCGAGGAGAAUACGACGCGGUUGCAUCGAAUGAAUCAUCGUCAUAUCCCGACGUGACAAUGUGGAAUUUGUUGAAACCAUUUUUCAAGGAUUUUAUCUGGACUGGUGUUAAUCGAUUCGUUCUAAUCACUUUCUUCUUUGCAUGUCCAUUUUUACUGAGACAGAUCCUACGAAGCGAUGAGCUGUCCACAUCGAUUGAAAAACAUUCCUACGCAAUUGGAAUCUUGUUCGUAUCACUCGUGAUUGCCAUACUUAAUGGACAGUAUUUGUACGAAUCACAGAAAAUCGGGCUCAAAAUUAAAACAGUUUUAUUGGUUCUGAUCUAUGAGAAAUCGUUGAAAUUAAGAACCCCCAUAGCAGGCGAUAUUACUUUGCUAACGCUAGAUUCAUCUGGUUUCGUAGAUUUAGUACCUAACUUACAUUUACUGUGGUCUGGACCAAUCGUUAUUAUCCUAUCGGUAGUAGGAUUGGUAAUUAUUCUAGGAAAAUCGGCCUGGGUUGGCGUGUUGACGAUGAUCACCACAAUUUACCUAACGAAAACAAUCACCAAUAAGCUCCGGUUGUUGCAGAGAAACUGGAUGGAUCGUAAAGAUCCACGCAUCGCUAGCACAAACGACGUUAUAGGAAUGAUGAAGCAGGUUAAAUUUUUAUGCUGGGAGAACAUCUUUCAACGUCGAAUUCUUCAGUUUCGUAACCUAGAACUUCAGGUAUUAAGACGAAUCAUGUACUGGGAUGCAGCAAAGUAUUUAUUGGGAAUAAUUACACCCUUCCUGGUAUCACUAAGCACAUUCGCAGUAAUGCUUUCAAUUGGCGAUGUUGCUCUGCUAACACUUGAGUCACUAUUUGUAUCGAUUGUUUUGUUCAACAUUUUAAAGCAUCCGCUUUCCGUGCUACCGAACCUUUCCUCAACAUGGUCCGCUACACAAGCGUCCUUGUCUCGGAUCAGAAAAUUCCUGGCAGCGGAGGAAAUGAGACCGCUCAUAAAGCAGAAGGUCAAACAGAGAUCAAGGAAAAUGUCGGAAACCGUCAAAAAAGUUAUGGGUGUUUGUAGAACUGCCUUAGAUUGCCCUGCAAUUUGUAUACAUGCAGCAAAAAUGUCCAGCAACGGGGAAGAAAUUUUAAACUCAAUCGAUUUGAGAAUUCCACAAGGAUCGCAUGUAGGUGUGGUAGGUCCAGUUGGUUCGGGAAAGACUUCGCUACUCAAAGGAAUUCUUGGAGAGCUGACCGGUGGUGCUGUCUACACUGCUGGAAAGAUUGCAUAUGUUUCACAAGAGCCGUGGAUUCUCAAUCGAACGAUUCGAGAGAAUAUUACUUUCGGACAAGAAUACAAUCAGUCCCUGUUUGAGAACGUCAUUAAAGCUUGUGGCUUGGUUCCAGAUUUGAACAUGUUUGAAUUUGGACUGGAUACGAUCAUCGGCGAGAAGGGGAUCACAAUUUCCGGUGGACAAAAGCAGCGCAUCAGUUUGGCAAGAGCCGUAUAUCAAAAUGCCGAUGUAUUCCUUUUGGAUGACCCGCUCAGCUCUGUUGACGAAGAAGUAUCGGACUACGUCUACAAUAAAUUAUUUUGCGAAGAUGGAUUGCUAGUUGGAAAAACGGUAGUGAUGAUUACGCAGAAUAAAAAUUACCUAAAGUCUGCUGAUUUGAUAUUGGUAAUGAAAGAAGGCCGAAUCUCUGAAAAGCUAACCUAUGAACUUUAUCGUCAACAAUAUUUCAGUGAUAAUCAGACAUCCAGCGAAGAAGUAACAAAAGAUAACUACGAAUUAAAUUAUACUACUAAUGCGAAUCGGAUAGCAGAGAGUCACAAAACUAAGUACAAAACAUCACCCAAAAUAUACACAUCAUAUUUUUCACUACUGGGCUGGCUUCCAUUAGUAACGAUUUUGCUGCUGAACGUGUGCAUCCCCGUUCUCGACAUUUAUUCCACGAUUUGGCUUUCCGAAUGGUCAACUGUCGACCAUCAAGCAGCGACAACCAACAACCAAUACUAUUUGCAGCUCUACAGUGUGUUUAUCAUAAUACUUGCAUUGUUCCUAACUCUGAACAGCAUCUUGACUACUGUGCGAGGUAUUACCGUAGGAGAAAAGCUUCACAACGCGCUUCUGAAGCAUAUCACCCAUUUACCGAUGACCUUCUUCGAUCGCAUCAGCUCCGGCCAGAUAAUGAACCGUUUCUCCAGUGAUCUGAAUAUCGUAGAUUCUAGCAUUGCCAGUAAUUUCCGUGAUUUUUUAACCAAUCUUUUUACCGUCGUAGCCAUUUUAAUUCUAUUUUGCUGCACCACAAGCUACUUACUGGUAAUCAUUCUUACUGGGAUUAUAAUCUUCUACUAUUACCUGCUAGUGUACCAUCUGGAAACAUCCCGGCAGCUGAAGCAUCUGGAAGCACAUAGUAAAGCAUCCCUCAUUCAUCAUUUUAACGAAUCUCGUGAAGGUCGAUCCACGAUUCGUGCUUAUCGACAAGAACAGCGCUUUCAGUGUGAUUUCGAAGCAGUUGUGGACUGUCAUCAGCAUUAUUCGCAACUUUACAUAGCCUCGGGUCGCUGGUUAGGGUUGCGGCUCGAAUUAAUUGGUGCUGUGGUGAUCUAUUUCGUCACCAUGAUGGCCAUUCACAACCAAAAGCUGAUUGGAGCUUCCAAUGUUGGAGUUAGCAUUAGCUAUGCCCUUCGUUUGAUUCCCCUGCUGAAUGCUCUGAUUCGAGUUUCGGCACUAUUGGAGGAGAAUGGCACUUCGCUGGAUAGAAUCACUCAGUAUUUAAAGGAAGAUAUUGAAACUCAAUGCUUCGACAAGAAAUGCCAACAGAUUGUAAGCCCAACAUGGCCGGAGCAGGGAAAAAUUGAGUUUGUCAAUUUCAAUAUGAAAUAUAACGAUCAUUACUGCGUCCUGCAGAACAUAUCGAUCACAAUCGAGGGACAGGAAAAAAUAGGAAUCGUUGGUCGCACAGGGGCUGGUAAAUCCAGCCUUAUCAGCGCAUUGUUUCGGUUGUAUCCUAUGCACACGAAUGGAACGAUCCUAAUCGACGAGCUCGAUAUCAACCGGAUCUCAUUGGAUACACUGCGAAGCAGACUGUCCAUCAUUCCGCAGAAUCCGUCACUUUUCCCUGGAACGCUAAGAGAAAAUCUCGAUCCGAAUGAAGAACAUCCAAACGACCAGGAUCUGUGGCGUGUGCUGGAAUCCUGCCACCUGAAGCAAUUGGUUGCAGGGUUUCCCGGCCAGCUGGACGCACAAAUUGACGAGCGGAACGCAAAACUAUCCGUGGGACAAAGACAGCUGCUUUACUUAGCAAGAGGAAUUUUACGCAAAUCCAAGAUAGUGAUACUGGACGAAGCGACAUCUGCAAUGGACGUCGAAACCGAGAGUAUGGUCCAGCAGGUAAUCCAGAGCACGUUUAGACAUUGCACUGUACUGACUAUCGCCCACCGGAAGAACACGAUUGCGCUAGCUGAUCGGGUGCUACACUUGCAGCAGGGCAGUGUCGUGAAGUUCGAUAAGCCGGAUAACUUUGACGAACGAGAUCUAAUGGAACUGUAAGAUUAGUUAUAUAAUUUAGCCAAAGUCAAAUGAUGUAUAUACCGUGAUGGUUGAUAGAAAUUUCGAUUUCAGGCGAAGCUGUCCGAAACAAACAGUUUAUUUUGUAUGUAAAGUGCAUAAGAAACAGAUAAAAGUAUAUUACAUAAAAUUUACCAAUAGCUAUAUUCAAUUUGGAAUGCGGGAAUUUUAAAUUAUGUUGUAGAUAGAUACAAAAAAUGAAACCAUCACCAAUCGAUUUACUGACCAAUUUUACAUAAGAAAUGCUAUAUUUCAGAUUGCCAGUCUAGCGGCGAUUAUUAAGUGGAAGAACCGUAACCCACAUUUCCACUAAAUAAUCGCCGCUGGACUUACAACCUGAAAUAUAGCAUUCCUUAUGUUAAAUUGGUCAAUAAAUCGAUUUGUGAUGAUUUCAUUUUGUGCAGGACACAAAAAAUGGCCUGUUUUGCUCUUUUCCACUCUAUUUUUGCAUAUUUUUGGAAAUAUAAACCUUUUCCCAUGCCCUGCACAGGAUGAAACUAUCACCAAUCGAUUUAUUGACCAAUUUUACAUAAAAAAUGCUAUUGACCUUCUGUUUAUUUAUACACAGACUUCGCAGCCGACUGUUUAGUGUACAGGACAAUUGCGGGACUAGCGUUACGAUCCUACUGACAGUAACAGUCUCUCCCGAGACGAGACUCGAACCUACGACGACUGGCUUGUUAGGCCAGCAUCGUACCUCGAGACCAUCUGGGAGAUGUGGCUUCUAUUCAGUGGGAAUUUGGGUUCAUUUCUUUCCCAGUGUGUCCAAUGGUCUAAUUCAAAUAGGACUAAAACAAGCAGUUUAUGUGGACAUUCCCUGUUUUAAAAUACAAACCUAACGCAAUCUUGUAUUCCGUAUUAAAACAUUGACCCGGCCAAAAUGGGACGGAUAAGUAUAAACAAAAUGUAUCACAUCGAAAGACUGAUGCAGUAUAUAGAUUAAGCCAUUUAGCCAUUAGCAAGAACGCACGAUAAAUAUAUACCGUAAUGCAUAAAAUUUCGAACAC